GAAGCAGCAGAGGGGGCAGUAAUGCGCCACGAAGGAUGCGAACCGCCGCUCAGAGCAAUAAGAAAAAGAAAAAGAUAGAAGUGAUGCAGUGUUUGUAUCCUCAUUAGAUCGUCGCGGCAUGGAGCCAUAUUUCAAAGUUUGUUUCUAUUUAAAACUCUGAACAAAAUGAGCGCGUCGUCUAACCAGAGGACGUUAUUUCAGACGUGGGGUUCGUCUGUGCCUCAAAACACAGUUUUCCCACAGAGUAAAGAAGGAAAGAAAGCCGCCGGUCGGCGCAAGGCAACCCACAGCAACAGUGUCAAGAACGCUCCAACAAACCCACUAUGGACCGAGAUAGGUCAUGGCUCUUUAAGCGCUGUAGAAACUCCUCAAGCUGCAUAUGAAGACGACGACGACGAUGACGUAAUGUUGAUAGCUGUUACUGAAGCUGAAGAAAGACUCCAACUUGACAAUGUCAACUCCUUCCCAAAGGAGGCACCCAUAUCCUCAAUGUCAUCAACAUGUUAUCCAGACUUUCCUGGCUUUGACAGCUCCUCUGCUGCAGUGUGGAUCUAUCCCAUUAACUACCCCGUCAGGGAGUACCAGAUGAAAAUAUCAGAGGCCGCCCUGUUCCAAAACACACUCGUCUGCCUUCCAACUGGCUUGGGGAAGACAUUCAUUGCGUCUGUUGUUAUGUACAACUUCUACCGCUGGUACCCAUCCGGGAAGAUUGUGUUCAUGGCCCCCACCAAGCCCUUGGUGGCACAGCAGAUCGAGGCCUGCUACAAAGUGAUGGGCAUCCCUCAGUCGCACAUGGCAGAGCUGACUGGCAGUACGGCAGCCAAAAAGAGACAGGAAGUGUGGCGCUCCAAACGUGUGUUCUUCCUCACACCUCAAGUGAUGAUGAACGACCUGUCCAGAGACACCUGCCCGGCCCGCCAGGUCAAAUGCGUGGUGAUUGAUGAGGCCCACAAGGCGCUUGGCAACCAUGCCUACUGUCAGGUGAUCCGACAGCUCAGCAGCCAGACUCUGCAGGUCCGCAUCCUCGCCCUUAGCGCCACGCCAGGAGGAGACGUAAAGUCGGUGCAGUCCGUCAUCUCCAACCUGCUCAUCUCCCACAUAGAGCUGCGCUCGGAAGAAAGUCCGGACAUCCAGGCCCACACCCACCAGCGCAGUUUGGAGAAAUUUGUGGUCCCACUGGGGGAAGCGCUAGCUGCAUAUCAGGCUCGCUACCUGCAGGUGCUGGAGAAGUUCAUGUCUCGUCUUGUCUACAACCGAGCCAUGGGACACAAAGAUUUGCAGAAUCUCACCAAAUACCAGCUCAUCCUCGCCAGGGACCAGUUCCGGAAAAACCCUCCACCCAACCUCAAGGGUGCACAGCAGGGGAUGCUUGAGGGAGACUUUGCCCUUUGUAUUAGCCUGUAUCAUGGCUACGAGCUACUCAUGCAAAUGGGACUCCGGUCGCUUUUCUUUUACAUCCAAGGAAUCAUGGAUGGAUCCAGAGAAAUGUCGCGUGCCAAGAAUGAGCUGCAGAGGACUCCUGUUUUAAUGGACCUUUACCGGGAGAUGGAGGCCAAGUUUGUGAAGCUACCUGGCUCAGAUGAACCAUUCAUUUACGGUCACCCCAAACUGGAGAAACUGGAAGCGGUGGUGCUGCAACACUUCCAAACAUCAGCAGACGUCACGUCAGACAAUAAUGGUUUACCUGCACAGCAAGUAAGCACUCGGGUGAUGAUCUUUUCAUCAUUUCGUGAUAGCGUCCAGGAGAUCGCCACCAUGUUGAACCGCCACACCCCCCUGAUAAAGGUCAUGACCUUUAUGGGACAAGCGUCAGUAGGGAAAGGAGUGAAAGGUUUUACUCAAAAAGAGCAGCUCGAGGUGGUGAGCCAGUUCCGUCAGGGAGGCUUCAACACAGUAGUGUCGACUUGUGUUGGCGAAGAGGGGCUGGACAUCGGCGAGGUUGACCUCAUAGUCUGCUUUGACGCACAGAAGAAUCCCAUCCGUCUCGUGCAGCGAAUGGGCCGCACGGGACGCAAGAGGCAAGGACGGAUCGUCGUCAUUCUGGCCGAGGGACGUGAGGAGAGGACAUAUAACCAGAGCCAAAACAACAAACGCAGCAUCUUUAAGUCCAUCGUGAGCAACAAAAGGGGCUUCCACAUGUAUCCCAACAGUCCCCGCAUGCUACCUGAAGGCAUAAACCCUACCCUGCAUAAAAUGCACAUCACCUGCGGCCAGUUCGACCACGGGGAAAGCAGCAGGCGCUCUGUGAGGGGUCGACGCUCGCACAACAAAGGGCGGGCCUCUCUCAUCCACCCACAAAACCUAAAUUGUCAAGACAGCAAAGCAUCAGGAGGCUUUCUGAGCAGCACAGAGUAUUCCCUGUGGGCGUCCAACAUGAAGCUAGCGGAAGAUGAAGCUCACCCAAUCUUGAGGGAGUCGCACUUUGUGUCCUUACCACCUGCUGGACCAGCACAGGAGGAUGUUUCCAGAAGCGGAGUGCCCGUCAGAGAGCUAUCGCUUUGGGAAUGGAGACACUGGCAGCAUAGAACGUUUCCAACCCACGUUAUUGAUCACUCCCUGCGCUCCCAGCAUUUCGUUAAAGUAAUGGAGCUCAUAGACCGCAUGCGGGAGGAAAAUGAGGAGGACUGUGCUUACGAGAAGGAGCUCCUUCCUUAUCGAAAUAAAGCUGGUGCUGGAGGCCAUUUAAAGAGGAUAAAGAAACGUGCAAACACCUGCACGGAAACUGUCGUCAGAUCGGUGUCUAGUGUGGAAUGCCGCAACGAGGAAGAAUUCCAUUCCUUAUCGAAUAAAUUGACGCCUAGUGUUGCUUGUCCACCUCAGGCAAACAUCAACGAGCCCGUCAUCGACAAUCUGGCAGUGAAUUCAAACAAUAUUCCCCUACUGAUCGAUAAAGAGAGCAAAGAAGAUGUUGAACUUCAGGCCAUGUUCUACCUUCCUAACUGGGUUUCGCCAACGAAGUAUUCAGUCAUCCCUGGAUCAGACGCGAGCCUGAAAGUCAUCCUGGCCGACGUGGCCGAGCUCCUGUCCCGAUCGCCGCCGCCUCUCGCAGAUUUAGACGCCAUCAUAGCCGAUUGGACGCCCCCUUUUAUUCCCGAUCCUCAUCAGCCGUUCCAGGUCAGCUUUACCUUGCAUGUGGAUGACGAUGUGAGUGAUGACGAGGCGGAUGUGGUUAAGGAUCGACCUUAUCAGGAGCCGGUCGAGAGAGACGGCUACAGCCCGACGUGGGAUGAGGUUUUUGAGGACGAAGGGACAAAUAAGGCUGGGGGCAUCAUGCACGGGCAGAAAGACCUCACGGAGGAUGUUGGAGAAGCUCCAAUCCAUGAGCGUGUUGAAAAAGCGAGUUGUUUGGAUGACGUCACAGAGGCGGACGCCAAGCCGGAGUUGGCUUACUGUGAACAGAUGGACGACAGCAUGGACUUGUUUGGGGACGACGACGCCUUCCUUCAGAUGACCAUCCCGGACAUCCCAACCCCCGAAAGUGGCGACACGCCCAGGACUUCCCCAAACGUGGACAACAUCACUAAUAGCACGAAAAAGAUGCAAGCUCUCUUAGAAGCAUGUGACGUAAGGUUGAAUCAACCACUUUAUAACGCAACAGACAUUUCAUCAACAAAGCCGAUUAGGAGUAGCUCGGGAAGUGUUGAGUCGCCCAGCUUGGACUUUGCCAUCAAUUUUGACCUCGGCUAUUCCCUGGAGGACUCAGAGGAGGAAGGCGAUGCUGUUGUCGCCUCAUUAAACACCAACGUCCUUCCGCCUCAGAAGCAGGAAGCUGCUAACUCAGACCACAGACCCGCCGCACCUUCCUGCUCCGAGUUCUCCACAACUCAGAUGCCCCGGGGGCGAAGGGAGAGAGACAAGACAUUGCCGAUGACGUCCAAGAUGGGCGCGCUACUGUCUCCGGGGGCCGCGCUUACCAGUCCUCGUGCUUUUCGCCUAUCACUCAGUAGUCUGAAACGGAGCCGACCAGAAGACACUGCAAAUGAGUCACGGAGUGCAACAGCGUCUCAUUCCCACCUUCAUCCAGCUGAAUGCCACACCGACAGCGAUGAUGAAGUCAUCAUUCAUAAGAGAAGACAUGUGAACAAGGUCAACCCUUUGUCUUCUCCCGAGACGUCCAAAGUCUUCGCUGACAUGGACUCGCCGCUUGUGCGUAGGAAAUGUGUGACUACGUUUACUAUGUCUAAAGAAACAGAAGGUGACGAUGAUGAUUUCCAGACUGAGUCUGUAGUCACACGAAGACAGUUGAAGGACACCAAGCGCAACAAAGGCCGAAAGGGAUGUCAGUUUCUGGACGAGGAAGCGGUGCUGUCUGAGGGCGAGGAGGGAGUGGACCUGUCAUCUGAUGAAGAGGAUGGAGAAGAUCAGAAUCACUCUCUGGAAGGCUUCGUGGUGGACAACACACACCUUUCCCAGGGACUUAACGACUCAGAGAUGCAAGGAAUAUACUUGAAGUCUGUGAGAAGUCCUGUCGUCACGGGCAGGUUCAAAAUGUCCCACAGAAAGCAUUACAACGCAGACGUCUUCUCACAGGUGCCCGAGGUGGACGAGACAUACGCAGAAGACAGUUUUGUGGUUGGCAGCGAGGCGGAGGAGGAGAGCUUUGAGGAUGAGGCCCAAGAGGAAGCUGUUGAACUCAUGCCGGAGGACUCGUACGUGGACGGGAAGAGGCAGUAUGCCACACGGCGGCGCGUCUUCCUGCACAAGGCCAGGGCGAGCGGCUCAGCGCCAUGUCCCCCUGGGCUGAGGGGCAAAUGUGGCCGAGUUCUCCGCCUGGCAGAUUCCAGUGAGGAGGAAGAGGAGAAUGCCUCCGCCCCCCCACAGGCUGGCGUCAAACUUAAACGGGAGCAGAAGUCCUCUUCAAAGGUGUCGUUGAUUCGAGAACAGCAAGAUGAGAGGUGUCGCCAGAGGAUAGAAAAUCAACAUCUGCUGUCUGACCAGUUGGACUUUGACACACCAUCAGAGUCACAAGUGACAUCCACCAAACAACAUCAGGAGCUUCCAUUUGUCAACUUGGACGUCUCCGAGCGCCCAGUCUGCAUCCUGGUGGACAGUCGCUGCAUCAGUGGCGCCGUGGAGGUGGUGACCGGCCUUCGCCAACGCCACCGCGCCGCCGUGCACGUGCGCUCGCUUGACGGCAGCUACUUCAUCGUCAGCGGGCGCAUGGCGGUGGAGCGCCACAGCCAGUCCGACUUGGCCUCCGCACACAACCGCAAACGAUUGGCUGAGAGGGUGAACGGCAUGCAGGAGGCGUUUGAGCGCGUGUGUCUGAUCGUGGAGAGGGACAAAGCCAGGCCGGGCGAUACGUCUCGUCCCUUCCAGCGCACACGUUGCUACGACGGCACGCUGGCGGCGCUGGUGCGCACCGGCGUGCGCCUGCUGUGGAGCGACGGCGCCGAACAGAGUGCCUCCCUGCUGGCCGAGCUGGCGCAGCUGGAGCGGCGCAAGGGCCAGGGCAUCGUCACGCCGCCCUCGGAGGUCAGAGGUCAUCAACAGCAGCAGGCCCUGCAGCUGUACUCUGGCUUGCCCUCCGUCAACUACGUCCACGCUCUCAACAUGAGCCGCAACUUCUGCUCCGUCGCACAACUCGUCAACAGCUCUGUGGAAAGCAUAGAGGAAGGAGGCGGCAUGAGUCGAGUCAGAGCCGAGGGGAUCUACCGCUUCCUGCGCUACAACUGUGACUCCUUCCUCAUGGACACAGGAGGAAAAGGCUGCUAGCGGUAGGAGACAAAAUACAUAAACACUCUCAGGGAAUCGUUUUUUCUUUAUUUUGCUAUUUUUUGUUUGUUUUUUGCACUACUCAACUGCAUUUUGAGCUUAAUUAUGUCAUAAGCUCAAAAUACAACAAACUGGGCAGGACCAGUUAGCUUAUUGUAACAUUCUGCUCUACAUAGCAAUAUUUAUUUAUGAGCGCUUAUAACUUCUGUAAUAUACUGUAACUGGUACUACCAUGAUAAUGUAAACUUAUGCAUAAAGCCCAAAUAAUGUACAUUACAAUCAGUGUAAUAAACUGUUAUUUUUGUAU